CGGAUAAGGAUGACGGCUAAUGCGGAGUGGGAAGAAUAUUUUGAUCAUUUCGUGCCUCCAUCUACUCUGCAGCACAAUCAGAAAGCUGUUCAAGACUUUGCGUCUGCAAACAGACAAAUUGGUCAUGAUUUGGUUCUUAUCACGUCUGGCGGUACUACGGUUCCUUUGGAGAACAACACAGUUCGGUUUGUUGACAAUUUCAGUGUUGGAAGCAGAGGCUCUUCAUCAGCAGAGUAUUUCCUAGAAAGAGGGUAUGCAGUAAUAUUUUUGCACAGGCAUCGUUCUUUACAACCUUUCAGUCGUCAUUUUGCUAAAGACAACUUUCUAGAAUACUUACACUUAGAGCAAGACUUAGAUGGUAGUGAGAAAGUAGCAGUAAAGACAGAAAUGUCUCCUAAACUUUUGGAAGUUCUCAAGAAAUAUGAGGAGGUCAAGGCAUCUGGUCGUUUGUUGCUGAUGGUGUUUACUACAGUAUCUGACUAUUUGUUCAAUUUGCGAGCUUUUGCUGAAGCACUUCAUCCUUUCGGACCACAUGCAAUGUUCUACCUUGCUGCUGCUGUGUCUGACUUUUACGUUCCAUCAAGUCAGAUGGCAAAGCACAAGAUUCGGUCAUCUAAUGGACCACUGGAAUUGAAAUUGCAACAGACACCCAAGUUGUUGUCUCCUUUGGUCAAAGACUGGGCAACAGAUGCAUUUGUCGUAUCAUUUAAGUUAGAAACCAACAAAGACAUCAUUGCAGCAUGUGCACGAGAGGCUUUAGACAAGUACAAGCACCAGGUGGUGAUUUCUAAUGUACUGGCAACAAGAAGAAAACAAGUAACCCUUGUGACUAAAACAGAAGAGAAGAUGCUAUCAUUGAGUGACCAUGAGUUUCAUAUGGGUAUUGACGUUGAACAGAAGAUAGUAGAUGAACUACUGAAACAUCACAAGGUAUUUAUACAAGAGAAGCAACCGAGUCGUCGUUAAAGUGACUGCAUGGAACAUCAUCAGCGUUUUCUAAGUUUUACACACAGUGGUUAUGUGAGGUAUCCAGGUACAAGAGUAUAUCUUACUUGUUUGCGUCGUAGUUUUCUUGUUUUAGUAUUAGCUGCUGGGCUCAGCCUGGCGAUUCUAACUCACUGUUCUUUUCCUUUUAUGGUUCUAAUAUCUUGUUGUCACUGUC